UAAGAUAAAAUAAAAGGGCCCGUUACCUUCGCGUCCCUCCUCUACCGUCAUCCUCUCCUCUGCUCGACGACCGCUCCCAUCGUUCUCAUCAUGCUAAUCUCAUCUCCUCCUCCCCUUCCUCUCUGAUCCUCGCAUUCCAGUCUUCUUCCCUUUUUUCCGCAUGCAGCGGCGUUCUCCAAUCUUUGACGAGCAGAUACGACCGCGAUAUUGACCGUCUCCGAUGAUACCGAUAUUUCUCCUAGAACUUUCAAUUAGAAAACAAAUAUCUUCUUUUCUAAACAGACGGUGAACAAUCUCGGCCUAGCUUCGAUUAUUUAUCCGUAGAGAUCAAGUAUUUACGUAAAGGUGAGCACCUCGUCGUAUGUAGGCUGCGACCGAUCAGUAGCCGCCGAUAAAUUACCGAGAAAGGAGGAAAGAAAUCGACAAUGGCGAGAUCCAGCGCUGACGAUGUGGAGUUGAAGCGUGCCUGCGAGGCCUCCAUCGAAGGGAGCAGGCACAAUAUUGUACUCUCCAUCCGCGUGGCCAAGAGUCGUGGAAUUUUUGGGAAAUCUGCGAAGCUUGGCCGCCAGAUGGCCAAAGCCAGGGUUAUUGCCAUCACCACCAAGUCAAAGGGUCAAAAAACCAAAGCCUUUCUUCGAGUCCUGAAAUAUUCAAACGGAGGACUUCUUGAGCCCGCAAAACUCUAUAAGUUGAAGCACCUCUCAAAAGUGGAGGUCAUCCAAAAUGAUCCAUCAGGCUGCACCUUUAUGCUGGGAUUUGAUAACCUAAGGAGCCAAAGUGUUGCUCCUCCUCAUUGGACCAUGCGAAACAAAGAUGACAGGAAUCGCUUGCUUCUUUGCAUUUUAAAUAUUAGCAAGGAGGUAUUGGGCCGUCUCCCCAAAGUUGUUGGCAUAGAUAUCGUGGAGAUGGCUCUAUGGGCCAAGGUUCAUCGCCGUACAUAUUUUUCCUCAUCUCAAGAAAAUUCACCAUUAACUACUAAUCGGACUUUCACUGAAGAUGGAGUGGCCACAUCAGUUAUGAUACAAAUUGACACACAAGUUACUGUUGAAAAAGAUCUUCUUUCUCAAGCUGAGGUGGAUGAUAUGGAGGCUCUACUUGGCACGUAUGUUAUGGGUUUUGGGGAAGCAGAUGUAUUCUCUGAAAGGAUGAAACAUGAACUUCAAGCUUUAGAAGCAGCAAACAUCCAUGCACUUCUAGAGAGUGAAGCUAUAAUAGAAGAGGUAUUGCACGGCCUUGAGGUGGCUAUCAUUUGUGUUGAAGAUAUGGAUGAGUGGUUGGGUAUCUUCAAUGCGAAACUUAAGCACAUGCGUGAGGACAUUGAAUUGAUAGAAGCUCGCAACAACAAGUUGGAAUUGCACUCUGCAAACCAUAAAGAUCUUGAGGAGGAACUUGAUAAGCUAGUUGGAUGGCUACAUAUCCCUCCUCAGCUUGCAACAUGCCUAACGGUUGGUUCCUUCGAUGAGCCUCGCGUGAUGAAAAAUAUUGAAGCUUGUGAAUGGUUAAUUGGGGCUAUACGUCAUCUUCAAGUGCCAAUUUUGGAUCCAUCUUAUGCAAAUCUGCAAGCUGUUAAGGAGAAACGCGUGGAAUUAGAAAAGUUAAAAAGUACAUUUGUUUGGCGUGCAUCCGAGUUCUUGAGGAACUACUUUGCUAGUUUGGUGGAUUUCAUGAUAAACGACAAGACUUACUUUUCUCGGCGGGGAUCAUUGAAGAGGCCUAACCAUGCAGAAUUGAGAUACAAGUGCAGAACCUAUGCACAACUUCUUCAACACCUAAAGAGUCUUGACAGCAAUAGUUUGGGCCCUUUACGAAAAGCAUACUGCCAUUCCCUUAACCUGUUGCUCCGUCGAGAGGCUCGUGAAUUUGCAAAUGAACUUCGUGCUAGUACGAAAGUUGGAAAAGCCCCUACAGUAUGGUUUGAAUCUUCUGCAGGGUCAGGCCAGACAGCAAAUAGUGAGGAAACUGGUGUGCUUUCUGAAGCAUAUUCAAAAAUGCUUACAGUUUUCAUUCCCCUUCUUGUAGAUGAGAGUACGUUCUUUGCACACUUCAUGUGCUUUGAUGUUCCUAAAUUGGCUAACAGUAGCAAUAGCGGCUCUGAUGGCAAUGGAGAAACUGAUGAUGAUCAAGAAGGCAUAGCUUCAGGUAGCAGCACUACUGAGCUGAGUUUUUUAAAUGAAUCUCUCCAAGAAUUACUUGAUGGCAUUCAGGAGGAUUUCUAUUCCUUGUUGGAUUGGGCAUUCAAAUUUGAUCCUUUGAGGUGCAUUUCAAUGCAUGGUAUUACAGAGCGCUACCUUUCUGGUCAGAAAGUUGACACAGCUGGGUUUGUCCGCCUACUACUUGAUGACUUGGAAACAAGAAUAUCAAUGAAUUUUGGCAGGUUUGUUGAUGACUGUAUUUAUAUGAUUGAGAAGACUGAACGCAAUGCACGCCAAUUGGGAGUUUUACCAUACAUCCCAAGAUUUGCUUUUCUUGCUACACGCAUGGAGCAAUACAUCCAGGGUCAAUCUAGGGAUUUAGUUGACCAGACAUAUACCAAAAUCGUCAGCAUAAUGUUUGUGUGCUUGGAGAGAACUGCACAAAUGGAACCAAAGUAUUCUGACAUUGUACUUCUAGAGAACUAUGCUGCUUUUCAGAACAGUCUCUAUGAUUUAGCCAAUGUGGUGCCAUCGCUAGCAAAAUUUUAUCGCCAAGCCAGUGAAUCUUAUGAUCAAGCUUGUACACGUCACAUCAACAUGAUUAUUUUUAUCACAUUUGAGAGAUUGUUUAUCUUCGCUCGAAGGAUGGAGGAAUUGAUGGUUACAAUAACUCCCCAAGAAAUACAGUUUCAGGUUGGGAUGUCAAAAGCAGACCUUCGAAAAAUGCUUAAAUCCAGCUUAUCUGGGCUUGACAAGACAAUUAAUGCUAUGUAUAAGAAGUUACAGAAGAAUUUGACUUCAGAAGAGUUGUUGCCUUCUUUAUGGGAAAAAUGCAAGAAGGACUUUCUGGACAAGUAUGGAAGCUUUGUCAAGCUAGUCAACCAGAUAUAUCCAGGAGAGAAUGUCCCUCCAGUGUCAGAGAUGAGAGAGCUUCUUGCUCAAAUGUAAAUUAAAAAAGAAAAAGAAAAAGAAUUGUGGACUUUUUUGUUCCUUGGUGGCUGCUGUUCGAUUACUUUUCUUGUUGUUUUAUUGUCUACAUAUCAGCCCCACCCUUUUCUUUUACCUCAUGAAACUAUAAUAAUAAUGAUAUAUUAGGCUAAAAUUUUUUAUCGUA